CAUCACGUAGCUUUCCCCGUAGCUAUACUCCAUACCCCAUAGUCUAUCCCGUAGUCUUGGUCUGGGGAAAUGUGACUAGGAGGUUGCUAGAGCCCCUUUGCAUGAGUAUUUAUAUCUGAUCCUCCUUUACCCAGGUCGUUUAUCAAAGCUCUGGAUCGGCAUCCAACACAUCCUACCUCUUGACACCCAAGAGUGCAAUAAUUUUUUCGAUCAGUCACUAUGAGCAGCACUUCGGAGAAGCCUCAGGUCAUCCAGACAGAAGGUGUCACCACUCCUUCAAACGUUGAGAUGGAAGAUCUCAAGACUGCACCAACAACCGAUACUGUGCAUUUCGAUGAAGCAUUGAAAGUUCUUCAAAAGUAUGAUGGUGACCAGACGUGGACUGAUCAGGAGGAGAAGCGGGUGCGAAGAAUCAUCGAUUGGAAGCUGAUGCCAGUGCUCUGCAUGACAUACUGUUUACAGUACUACGACAAGGCAAUGCUCAGUCAAGCUGCUAUUUUCGGACUCAGGGAUGACUUGGGCCUGAAGACGGGCAAUCGCUACUCCUUCUCAGCAGCUAUUUUCUAUCUUGGUUACAUCGUUGGGGCUUACCCAACCAUGAUCUUGGCUCAAAGAUAUCCUGUCGAACGUGUGGCAUCCAUCCUUGUGGUGCUAUGGGGUAUCUGUCUCAUCCUUACUGUUGCUUGCACCAACUACCAGGGACUAUAUGCACAGCGCUUCUUCCUCGGUUUGCUCGAGUCUGGCAUCAGUCCUCUCUUCAUGCUUAUUGUUGGAAGUUGGUACAAGAAGAACGAGCAAGCCUUUAGAAUGGGAAUUUGGUACAGUUGCACUGGCUACGUGUCCAUCUUCUCUCCUCUCAUCAACUACGGAUUCGGACAGAUCACCAGCGGACCUCUCUCAUCUUGGAAGUAUAUGUAUCUCUUUGCCGGAGCCAUAACAACCUUAUGGGGAGUUGCCAUCUGGUUCGUGCUCCCACCCGACCCAAUCCGAACAACCAUCUUCGACGAAAGACAACGCUUCAUCGCCAUUUCGCGUCUGCGCAGCAACAACUCCGGCGUACGAAACAUGCAUCUGAAGAAGAACCAGAUCACCGAAUUACUCCUUGAUCUCAAGUUCUGGAUUAUGAUCUCAACCGCAUUCCUCAUGAUGAUUGCCAACGGCCUCAUCUCGACCUUCAUGCCAAUCAUCAUCAACGGCUUUGGAUUCAGCACCCUGAACUCCCUACUUCUCAUGACACCCGCUGGAGCCUUCGCAGGAACUAUUCAGCUGGUUGCGCCGUUCCUGGCAAUGAAAUUCGCAGGCGUUCGAACCUACAUCAUCAUCGUUUGCCAGUGCAUCACGACUACCGGAGCGUUGUUGUUAUGGCUUCUGCCCCGAACCCAAACCGGAGCAUUGUUAUUUGCUGUUUACAUCCUGCCAGCAACCGGAGGAGGAUAUGCUGUUGUCAUGGGCCUCCAAAUCGCUAAUAUUGCUGGUUAUACGAAGAGGUCCAUCGCGUCAUCCGGUUUAUACAUCGGGUACUGCUUGGGUAACUUUGUUGGCCCCUUGCUAUUCAAGCCAGUGGACGCACCUCGCUAUGUUCCUGGGUUCGUCGCUGUUGUCAUUACGGCAAUCGUUGCUGCUGGAUUUAUUGCCGCGUACCGAUUAGUAUGUAUUUUGGAUAAUCGCAAACGCGACAAGUCUGGUAUCAUGGAAGGAUUUGAGCAUGCUUAUGAGGAUGACCUGACGGAUAUGAAGAAUCCUCAGUUCAGAUACAUUCUGUAAGCGACAUAUAUUGUUGGGAAACGGACAGAAAGUAAGGAACUGUAGUAGCUAGGAGGCUGGUUUUGAGUAUUUUCAAUAAUCAAUAAUUUAGUAUGAGUUAAAGG